GUGUCAUUACAUUACUGAAAAAUUAUGGGAUUUUUGAAAUGUGCCUCAAAAUAUUCGAAACAGAUAAUAUACUGUUGUUACUCAAUUCUGAUGCUGUAUGGUGCAGGGAUUUUGAUAUGGGGACUAGUGGACGAAGAGGUUGAUUCUGACUUUGUAACCCACACGAUAAGACUUAGCACUGGUGUCAUAUCUGUGGUAAACGCAGCAUUAGGGCUAUAUGGAACUGGAUAUGGUGAGAAAUGUCUGGUGUAUCUAUCAAUUUGUUUACUAUUUGUGACUUGUAUUGUGCAAAUUCUUGCCAUAAUUGUUCGCAUUACUUUGCCUUAUGAGGAGUCGACGGAGCGUAAAGCAGAACUGCAGACAUUGUUUGAUGAAGAAGAAGACAAAUAUGCACAACGCUUUCAAAAGAUAGAACUAAAGUUGCAGUGCUGUGGAGUCAACAGCUACAAUGACUACGAGGAGAAAUUCGAUCCCCUUUUACUUGGAUACCCUCCAAGUUGUUGCGGUUUUAGCACAAACACAAAAUGUACAAAACCCUUCGAAAUUGGGUGUCAUCAAAAACUUCAAGAAGCUCGAGAAUACCACGAAUUAGUACGUGCGAUCAUUUUCUUAGUUUCUUCUUUCCUCAAAUACGUCAGUGCUCUUGUGAUUGCCAUAUUAACUAUAUGGGGUGACGAUCUCGUAUGAAACUUCCAACAAAUAAAACAAAAAGGAC